GAAAAGCGAAAAUUUGAAAACAAGUUUGGUUGAAUGUUGAGUUGGAUUUUUGCAUUGAAAACAGCUGUAAAAAAGAGAAAUUUUGCGUGGAAUUAUGGAGACAGUGUUAAGUGAUUUUCCUUUGGACGAAGGGAUCGCAGUGCCUGUUGCUAAUGUGGAAAAUAAAAAACUUGAAACCGAGCUUGAUAGCAAACAGAAAGAAAUUCUAAAUGGAAAAGAUAAAGUAGAAGAACAUAAAGAAAGAAUUGAUGCAAUAAAUGAACAUUUAAAAAAUGUCCUGCAGGAACUUCAGCACACGCAGGAGCUUCUUAAUGCCAGAAAAAGGGAACUGGAAACUGAAGAUCACUUUAGGCAAAUUGCUGAACGUGAAGAAGGAAGAUUGCAAAAUGAAAUGAAACGUAUACAAAAUGACUUGAAUGAGCUGGACAACCGUAGAAAUAUUGCAGAGAACAACAUAUUUACAAAGACAAAACAGUUGGAAGAAUUAAAAUCUCAAAUGAACUGGGAUCAGAAAGCUUUAGAAGCUUGGCUUGAAGAAUCAGCAAGAAAAGAUGAAGAUGCCUUGAUUCUUGAGAAAUAUACCAGAUCAGAUGAAAGUAAAGUGAAGUCUCUGUCAUUGAAAACAGAAAAAAUGACGGAAGAAAGUCAGAAGAAACGUCGUGAUCUUGAACAUGAAUUAAGUCGUACAGCGACUGCACAAGUUGAGUUGGAUAAAACAGCCGAAGAAUUCCGUAAGAUUCACGCACAACGUCAAAAUCUUCUGGAACAAUGGGAAAGUACCAUUGAACAGAUGCAGAAGCGGGACAGAGAAAUGGACCAGUUGGCUGUGAGACUUGCCGAAUUUCGAUUGGAAGUCAGAUCAAAAGAAGACUUGAUUAAGGAUAGACAAAAUUUUCUAGACAAUGAAUUGAACAAUAACGCUGAAAAAGAGAAGAAAGUGUCGAAUUCGGAGAGACAAUCUGCGAGAUUACGCUUACAGUAUCAAGAAGCGGAAAAUGACAGAAUUCGGUUCCAGGAUGAGCUCGAGACCCUCAAAUAUUCCGUUGACAGAACUGGUAAAGACCUCAAUAAUGCUCGUGAAAAAUCUAAUAGUUUGAAAAAGGAGGUGAAAACACGACAAGAAAAACUGUCAGAUGUUCAAAAUGAACGGGACGUGUUAAAUAUGAAAUUGAAAGAAACCAUCGAAUCAACUAUGACAGCUGAAGAACGAGCGUUUGCAAUGGAGGAAUUAUUGAAAGAAGAAGAAGCUAGAAUACAUCAAGUUGAGAAAGAAUUAGCAAGACUUCGAGAAAUACAGUUUCGAAAAACUGAGGAAUUACAUUCGUGUAAAGUGAAGGAACAAAACACUUCAGCUGAAAUCCAGGGAUCUAGAGCUGCAUCAAGAAAUUUAAGCAGCAAGCUUCACAAGUUAGAUCAAGAUUCUCUUAAACAGCAGGAAAUACUUUACAUGCAGGACUUUCAGCUUCAGCAACUCGAAAGAAAGUUCAUGCGAAUGCAGGGAGAGAGAAGUAACGAGGAGAAACAACUUUUAGAAGAGAAAAUCAAGGAGUUAUCCAGUCAAUUAGAAGAACAAAACUCAGUAAAUACUUUGUUGACUGCACAGAUGAAAAAACUUGGUGAUGAUCUAAGAAGAGAGAAACGUUCUUUGGCAAGUGGUGAUGACGAAAAAGCUGACCUUAUCAGCAAAAUUGAGGAGCUUAAUCUUCACAAUGACAGUUCACAACGUGAGUUCAAGAAAAUUAUCAAAAAUAAAGAGGAGGCAAUGGUUGAUGAAAAUAUUCUGAAACUGGAGAUCAAGAGAUUACGCGAUUUCCUCAGUUCCAAGGCUGAUGAUGUUUUAAGUUUAGAAACACGGAAAUUGAGACUGGAAGCAUCAAUGAACCAGCGACGACAGGAGAUUAAAGAUCAUAAAGAGAUGCUUCGAGCUCAAAUAAAAAGCGCCAACGAAGAAAGACAAACUGUGAGCGCAGAACUUCAUGAUCGUAUAUCUAAGAUCGAAAAAUUGAGAAAAAGGUACGAGAUUUUGAUGGUAUCAAUGGCACCUCCGGAGGGAGAGGAAGAGAAAUCUCAAGCAUAUUACGUCAUCAAGGCUGCUCAAGAGAAGGAAGAAUUACAACGGGAAGGCGAUGAACUGGAUGCGAAAAUUAGAAAAGCUGAGAAAGAAAUUAGGGCGCUAGAAAACACAUUACGUUUGAUGAAUGACCGAAAUGAGAAUUAUCGCAAAAGUUUUAACAAAGUUGAUGCGACGAGUGAAGAAUACGAGGAGAAAGAAAAACUCGAGGAACAACUUCGCGCUAUGAUGGAGAAAUACAAGUUCAAACGACGUCAGAUCCGUGAAGUACAAGAAGAUCUUGAAACUAUGAAUAGCUCAUUAAAUGCACUUGCUAAAGAUGAACAGGAUUUAAUGGAGCUACUAAAGGAAAGACAGACGAAAAUGACCCAUCUCGAUAAUGAACUGAAUGAUCAGAAAGCGAAACAGGAGAGAACAAGGAAGCACAAUAGUCGUAUGGUUCGUGAAAUCAGAAGUGCCAAGAAAGUAAAAGGGGAGUCUCAUGAAGAGAGAGAUAUAGAGCUGAGAGAAAUUCGUGAUUUUAAUACGGAUAUCAUGAAACAGAUUGGUGUUGUUGUUCAAACACAUGUUGAUAUGUCCGCCGCAACACAAUUAUAUUUUAAUCAGGCUGGAUUGCCUGCACCACCCUCACCAAGUCGUUUAGGAUCACGACCAUCAUCAGUGCAGUCAUCCCGAAGUUCAUCCCUGGCUUCCAACAGGUCUAUGUCUUCAGUACGAAGUGCUGACAGUCAACGUAGCGUUGGUUCAGUGAAUAUUGGCUUAGAUCUCGAGGAAAAACCUGCUGUUGGAACAUCUCGUUCUGGUAUCUCAGCGAGCUCUGCCACAAAAAUGAAAGGCAGCAGUUCUAGAUCAAGAUCUCAAAUGCAAACUGCUUCAAAAGCAGGAUCAAAAUCUGGAUCUCAACCUGGUUCACCAGGAGGUUCUAAACCUGGAUCCCGGCAAGGUUCGGCACGUACAGGGCGUCGGUCGUAAUACAUUCCGAGAAUUAAACGCAUGAUAUAUCACAUAGUCAACACUUUAACGAGUCUUUUUUAGAAAAUUGUAAAAUAUUGUUGAACAUUUAACGUCCAGAUUGUCCAUCAUGCUUCAAACUAACAUAAAUA